AUGCCUCGGGUCCGGAAGCACAAGGGCCCUUGCGGCCUCCUCCUGGUGCACAUGGCCCGCUGGGCCCCGCCGGAAAGAUUGUCUGGCGCAGGCGCACUAAUGUCGGCGGGCCUGCGCGGGCCAAUGCGCCCCCUGGGGGCUCCUCGAGCCCGAGAUGCGGGCUCUGAGGGCCCGAGAUGCGGUCCGGGGGCGGGGCCUCGUCGGGGCGGGGCCUCGUCGGGGGCGGGAACUCGGGCAGGAAGCGCGGGAGCCCCUCCCGGCCCGACCUUCCUGGCCCCUUGGGUCCCCUCCGGGUUCCUGAGCCGCUGCCGGACCCCAGCCUUCCCCCUGGAGACCCCCGGCCCUGCCUCUGCCCGCCCGCCUGGCACGCCGCAACAUGCCCGGGCCACCAGGCACCAGGUGGGGGCCCAGGGGGAGGAGGAGCAGAAAGGAGAUGCGGAGGAGGAUGCUGAGGACGCGGCCACCCCGGACCUGGGCUCCCUCCUGGCCAGCGACAGGCUGAACCUGGACGUCUAUCCCGGGGGCUGCGGACUCCUGCUGCGCCUGCUGCGGGAGGGCAGCCCCCGCCUGCAGCAGGUCCGGUUCCUGCGGCUGAACUGCAACGAGGAGCAGAUUGGGGCCGCCCUGGCCGCCCUCCCCAGCCUCCGGCGCCUCCGUUCUCUGGUCCUCAAAGGGGGGCACCUUCGUGAUGACUGGGGCUCCUGCCUGCGGGGCUCCCUGACCACGCUGCCCUCCUGCCUGAGCGACCUGGCGCGCCUCGCCCACCUGGAUCUCAGCUUCAACAGCCUGCGGGCGCUGCCGGCCUGCAUCCCCCACAUGAGCGGCCUGGACGCCCUGCUGCUCAGCCACAACCUGCUGGAGAGCCUGCCCGAGGCCCUGGGUGCCCUGCGCGCCCUCACCUUCCUCUCCGUGUCCAGCAACUGCCUGCGGGCGCUGCCGGCGGGCAUGGCCGGGCUGAGUGCCCUGCGGCAGCUGGACCUCUCCGAGAACCAGCUGGACGCGGUGCCCGAAGAGAUCGGAGCCCUGAGCAGCCUCACUCAGCUCAACCUGGCCUCCAACCGCCUCCGGAGCCUCCCCGACUCCUUGGCCAGCCUCCAGUCUCUGCAGCUGCUGCUCCUGCACAGCAACCUCCUAGUCUCUGUCCCCCCCAGCCUCGCCCGCCUCCCGCUCCUCACCCGGCUCGACCUGAGGGACAACAGGCUUCGGGCCGUGCCCCGUGAGAUCCAGGAGGCCCCCUUCGUGCGGCUGCAGGGGAACCCCCUCGGGGUGCCUGAGCCAGUGCCGGCAGCGUCUCCAGGGGAAGACCCGGCCCCGGAAGUUCCCAGAGUCCUGCUGGCCUCGGAUGUAGACAGUUUCCGCGUGACCUCCCGUGGAUGCUCCGUGGCCCUGGCCUGUGGGGUCCGCCUGCUCUUUCCCCCUGGCGCCACCGCCGCCCCCACCACCGUCUCCUACCGCCAGCUGCCCCCAGAGCCUCGCCUCGUGCGGCUGGGCCCCCACGAUGCCCUGCUCAGUGCCGUCCUGGAGCUGCGGCCCCACGGGACCCCCUUCCGACAGGAAGUCCACCUGUGGCUGCCCUUCGUGUCCCCCCGUGCUCGGCGUGGCCGUCAAGUGGUGGUCAGGACCCUGAGCGGCCACACCUGGAAGGAUCUGGACACGCGCUUGGAGCGGGAAGAAAAGCCCAAGCGGCUUUGGGCCAGCUGCCAAGUUCCUCACUUCUCCUGGUUCCUGGUGGUCUCUCGUCCCGUGGAAGACAGCUGCUUGGUGCCCCAGCAGGGGGCCCUUCUCUGCUCCUCGGCCAACCCCGAGGUCAAGGUCAUCUUCCCCUCUGGGGUCACUGCCGAGCCGCGACACGUGCGCAUGCAGGUGGUGAGGGUGCCAGGCUGGGCUCUGGGCACAGACGGCCCCGCUGCCGCCAGCCCCCUGCUCUGCCUGUCCCAGGACGGCCCCCAGCGCUUUCUCCGUCCCGUCACCAUCCAGCUGCCCCUGCCCCCCGGCAUCACAGGCCUGAGCCUGGACCGGAGCCAUCUGCAUCUGCUGCACGGGGAUCCUCGGGCCCCGGCGUGGGAUGACAUCACAGCCCAGGUGGCUCUGGAGCUCACCCACCUGUAUGCCCGCUUUCAGGUCACACACUUCUCCUGGUACUGGCUCUGGUACACCACCAAGAGCUGCGUGGAGGGCCUGGCCCGCAAGGUCUACGAGCGGCUGCGGCUCUACCGGGUGAACUUCAUCGCGCUGCAGAGGCGGCGGGACCCGGAGCAGGUGCUGCUGCAGUGCUUGCCGGGAAAGAAGGUGGAACCCACCCUGAGGAGGCUGCACCCCAGGUACCGCGGCCCCGAGCCCUCCGACACCGUGGAGCUCUUCGAAGGCGAGCAGUUCUUUGCCGCCUUUGAACGUGGAAUUGACGUUGAUGCUGGUACAGACCCUGAGGCAGGGGGCCUGGGGGGGGGGGGGCUGUCUUGCUCGGACCGGGAGGACGUGGAGCAGGUGGAGGCCACGCUCCUGCCAGAGGCCCGCCCGCCUCCAGCUCGUGGCCCGGAAAGCCGGCUCUGCUCUCAGACGUCACCAGCUGCCGGGGCGUCCGCCCUCCGACGCGUGUUCCCCUUCUUCUGCCUGGGACGGUCUCAACCACAGCCAUUGUUUCUGGCCAAUGCCCAGGAGCAGCGAGGCUUCUGGGCAGUCCGCCGCCUCAGGCAGUCGUUCUGGGGGCCCUCUCUCAGAACCCCCCCGGGAACCCCCAUGAAAGGGAGAUCAUGGACAUCCACCGUGGACAGGAAGGUGCAGGCGGUGAAGGGCCAGGUGUCCUUUUACCGAGGGGCGGUGCCUGAGGCUGUUCCGGAGGAAGCCGUGAGAAGGCGCAAGGGCCCGGAUGCCCUGUGGCUUGCCACGCUGCCCAUCAAGCUGCCCAGGUUGCCCCCUGGAGAAGGGCAGGCUCCCCUGGAGGGGCUGACCUUGGCCUCCCUGAACCUGGGCGACGCCGAGAGUGGCUUCCUGACCCAGAGCAACCUUGUGACGGUGGCCAGCCGACUGGGGCCGGACUGGCAAAGCGUGGCCCUCCACCUGGGCCUCUCGUACCCGGAGGUGCAGCGGAUCCAGUACGCGUACAGAGACGACCUGGACGGGCAGGUCCGCCACAUGCUGUUCUCCUGGGCCGAGCGCCAGGCCGGGCGGCCGGGCAGUGUCCGGCAGCUGCUGGAGGCCCUGGAGCAGAGCGAGCGCCACGACGUGGUGGAGGAGGUGCGGGCCAUCCUGGAGCUGGGCCGUACCAAGUAUCGGGAGUCCAUCCACAGAGUGGGCCUGGCCUCCGAGGAGGACCCCCUCAGUGCCACGGCCUAGGGCCGCCCCAAGGUGGGCAGGCCCCACCCAGCCAAGAUGCAAGGGGAGCACGGGGACGAGCCUCGCUCUGUCUCGGACCCUGGGCUGCCCUUGGUCCGAGGGAAGGAGCGGCCCGCUCUGCGUUUGUCGGGGGGCGGCGAGCUGCAGCAAGACAGACUCCCUGAUUUCACCCCCAAGACGGCCAGCCUCCUGCUUCCGUAAACUCGCCAUCUCAGCGGCCCUUCGGCCUUGUCAGGCUCCACCAACCCGCUCCCCAAAGAAUGGCGGCCGGGGGCCCUCUCUCCUCCCCCUCUCCUGGACAUGCCUUCUGCCUCCGUGCUGUCCUGCACCUGCCAAGAGGCGACUCCUUUCCCCUCCGCGGACAAUCCCUCCCAGCCGGCUUCCUCCGCUGGCCCCCUCUUUGUCAUCCCCCUGUCUCCACUCUCCCGUCUGACACAUGCUCACGUGGGACAGCUGCUGCUUCUCCGUCUCCUUCCCCGGCUCUUCGGCCGGAUCACCGCAGCCAAAGGCGGCUCCCCGGGGAGAACUCUGGCCAGUGGGCCGGGCUGGACGGUGGUUAGCCAGCCGCACUCCCCCCCUGCUGAGGGCCGACAGCCCAUCUCCCAGAAGGUGCCGGGGCUGCUCGAUUUCGCCUCCUCCCGGCCUCCUUGCUGGGCUCCCGCAAUAGCUGCCCGUGGGCCUGCCCCCCUCCAGUCUAUCCAGCCCUUACCGGUUAUCACAAAGGGUGGCUUGGACCAUGGCCGCCCCCUAGCCCUACUCCGCCAGCCCCAGGGCUCCCUGUCAAAGGCCCUGGUGUCCAAAGCCCUUCAUAAAAAUCUGGGCUCCACUUUCCAGACCUUUCUUACUGUGCCCCUCCCCUUAGUCCAGAAGGGCUGCCCCCCAGCAGCAUUCCCCCAGGCCUAACAUGCCCUCCCUUUUCCGCUCUCUGGGGUCCCCUGGCUACGAUCCAGCCUCCCUCCUCGGAGCCCUCCCCUCCCAAAGCCCGUUGUCCCAACUCCUGCCUGGGGUCGUUGUCUCCCUCUUUAGACUGGAAGCUCCUUGAGAGCAGGGGCUGCCUUCCCCUUUGUGUUCUCAGGGCUUAGCCCGGUGUCUGGCACAUAGUAGGUGCUUAAUAAUAAAUGUUUAUUGACCUCUUGCACGUCCCUUUUUCCUGCGGCCUAAGGCCCCAUUGCUUCCUUAAGACACCAGGAAAGGGGCGGGCAGCUCCUGGAGCAGCCUCUGCGGGCCUGGCCCUUUCCUCCUGGAAACAUUAGAACCCGAAGGACACAAAGUAGCGCUGGAGGCAACAUUGUAACCGGCUCCCACUGACGGGCGGGGGACUCCCAGCGAGAGGGAGCCGGCCCUUCUGACAGCGUCGGCCGGGCCCUGGGCCACGGACUCAGCGUGGCAGGGGCGCCGAUGGAGGGAAGGGGGUCUGGGCGAGGGGCUGCCGGAGCAAGGGGAUGGCGAGGAAAAGGCUGGCUUUGGGGAAGGGCCCUCCCCGAGAACACCGGGGUCUGAGCUCAAGGGAGCCCGAGGAAAAGCCUCAAAAGGGAGGCCGAGCCCCGGUGUGAGUGGCCAGAGACGCAGCCGAGGAUGCUCGGCCUGGGGGACUUAGGAUCCCGGCUCUUCUGGAGGCUCGCCCCUUUCCCGAGGGCUGUGCUGAGCUCCGCGGGCACCAGGGGGAGCCCGGAGCCCCGGCGGACGCCGAGGUGGUCCUCGGGGGCCAUCGGCCAGUGCAGCUCGCGCCGCCAGCGGCGGGGCUGCUCGGGAAAGCUGGUCCCGAGCCGGUCCGCUGUCUCUCCCUCCCCCCCCCCCCGCCCCCCCCCCCGGGCCACAGCCACGCGUUCCUCGGACUGACUUCCACGUGCGCCUGCAGCCUCCCCAGAGCCGAGCCCUUGGGGGGUUCCGACCCGCCCCGAGGUAGGACGCUCAAGGGCCCGCGGUGUCCUGCGGACGCCUCCGCCGCUCACUCGGAGGUGACGAAAAGUAGCCCCCAGUUCCUCCGGGGGAGCGGGGCGGGGCCGGGGGCGGAGCGGGAGGGAGGGCCGGGCCCCACUCCGCACCGCCCGGCUCUACGCGGCAGAGCGGCCAGACGAGCGCGGCAGGGCGGCCGGGGCGCCAGGGCGGGAGUCACCGCCAGCCGGAGCCGAGGGAGCUUCGCCCGGUGAGGAAUUGGAGGGCUACAGGGGCAGUGACUUGUCCAAGGUCACACAGCUGGACAGAACUCAAGGUGGCAGCUGCUGCCCUCAGGUUUGCGCCGUCUGCCUCCUUCCAUCUCCGCUCUGCGUUAAAUGGCUGAGAAACAGAUCAGGUAGGGGAGCCCCUCCCACCCGGGGAUCUCCUCCCCUCCUUCUCUGGUUGCUGCCCCGU